AUGGGCGAGAGAAGCUUUCGCAAAUUGGGCCUGGGUGUGAUCCUUACAGCCCUGGUCCUCUACACUUUGCUUUUCAUGGACACGCAGAUCUACGAGGCUGGCGGAAAGAUACAUAAUGCGUUCUUUGUGAACACAGAUGGAUGUCGCAUUAUAGCCAUGGAUGUGAUGAACCCGACCAUCGCCAAAUACACCGAUUGGGAGUGGAACGACGAGCGAUUCCAUCUGGAGUGCCCGUAUCAAACGUGGUUUCGAACGGAGGUGGCCAACGGGGAGUGGUACCUAAAACUGACCCGCGACAUCGAUAAGAUCCUGGAAGAAAACGAUCUAACCAAUGACUGGCAGAUAAAGUGCGUUUGGUACCAGAUGAUGGUCACAAGCCGUUAUAAAGUCAAGCUUUACCGUAAAAAACAGUUUUCGCUGGAGUUUCCAUAUGCCGUAAAAGUUCCCAAGGGGGUGAGGCAUUUGCGAGUGAAGUGCAUGAAUACUUUUACAAAUAAAUCGUUGCACGAUGAUGCCCAUUUCUUCGUUCAACCGCCGCCGGAAAAAUUGCUGAAAAAGGCGCCACCCACUUUGAAAUUCUGGGAUCAGGAGAAGGAAUCGAAUAAGGAGACACCUCCGAUCUCCGUGAUGAUCUUGGGCCUGGAUUCCGUAUCGCAUCUGAAUUUGCUGCGCCAAAUGCCAAAGACAGUGCGUUAUAUGCGCCAGAAUAUGUCGCAUGUGGAGUUUUGGGGCUUCAACAAGAUAGGCAUAAAUACCUAUCCCAAUUUGAUAGCCCUGCUCACGGGUUUGAGUGAAACAGAGUCGCUGGAGUAUUGGCAGCGACAGAAUUGCAUGGAUGAUUUGCCGCUAAUUUGGAAGGAGUUCAAGAAGGCCGGCUAUAAUACCAGUUUUGCCGAGGACAUGGCCACCUACUCGAUGUUUUAUUAUGCCAAACCGGGCUUUAAGCGACCGACAACGGACAAUAAUUUGCAUGACUUUAUGGUGGAAAUGUUUGUCAUAAGGCAGCACAGUACGAUUUCGGACACCUAUUGCGUGGGCGAGAGGACCUUGGUGGAUAUGCUCCUGGAGAUGAACGAUAGAUUACUGCCUCACAAGCAGCGCUACCCCUUCUUCUCCUUCUAUUGGUAUGCCAAUGGCUUCCACGAGUUCUUCAAUUCUCCCCGUCUCGCGGAUGGAAGAUUUGAGCGAUUGCUGCGCAGUCUCGAUGAUGCAGGUAUUACCAAUAAUACCAUCAUACUCUUCAUGUCGGAUCAUGGCCUGCGAUGGGGUCGCUUUCGUAGGAGCUUUCAGGGAAUGAUCGAGGACAGCCAGCCCUUUUUGUCUGUCCUCUAUCCCGACUGGAUGAGGAAAAGGUAUCCCGCGGCCAUUAAAAAUCUAGCGGGAAAUGCCCGCAGUCUGGUGACCACCUACGAUCUUCACGAGACCUUAAAACAUAUCUUGGAUCUGCAUUCCCUAAAUGACAAGCCCAUUGCUAGGAAAACGGAGGAAUUGUGGAAGCUCAAAGGCUUGGAAACCCCGAGGGCCGUCAGCCUGUUUCUGCCCAUUCCUCCGUGGAGAACCUGCAACACUUCGCAUAUACCCAGUGAAUUUUGUCUCUGCCACAAGCAAGUUUCCAUACCCGCAACCAAUCGAGUGGCCAGGAAGGCAGCCAGCAUUAUAAUAGAUUAUAUCAACCAGCUGAUGGCCGAGUAUCCCGUUUGCAUUCCCUUGGAGUUGGAUUCCAUUGAGAGCGCCUAUUUCGCAGCUCCCGAGAGGGAUGGUGACUUUUACAUCGAGGGGGGGCACAAGAACGUGUAUCCCGAGCAGGGACCCUUUUGGGAGAAGCGGACCUACGAGGACAGGGACAUCGUGGUGCGGCUGAAGACCAAGCCGGGAAACGCCUAUUUCGAGGGAAUGACCCGCCGGCAGGGAAGCAAACUUUCGCUCGUCGGCGAUGUGGUUCGAGUUGGCGACGAUGGCAACAAGAACAAUGACUGCAUCGAGAAUCCCCUGCUGGAACCAUUUUGUCACUGUGCAUUGUAGAUUUUUCAGUUUGUAUAAACUAUGAGAAAUAUGACAAUAAACUUAUUACAAAGAUGGUUU